CUCGAGUCAUUUCAUUUACGCAGAAUCCACUCUGUUCUUCAUCCUUCCACUUUCUUCUUCCUCGUGUUUCCUUCAAUGGAGAACUGGACUCGAGGACCCACCAUCGGCCAUGGCUCCACCGCCACCGUCUCUCUCGCCGUCGAUAACUUCUCCGGCGACCUUAUCGCCGUUAAGUCCGCCGAGCUUUCUUCCUCUCUGUCCUUGCAGAAAGAGCAAUUCUUCUUAUCCAAACUGAAUUUUCCUCGUAUAGUCAAGUACAUUGGCUUUAACAUCACCCGGGAAAACAAUACGCCUCUGUAUAAUCUUUUCGUGGAGUAUAUCUCCGGCGGAACCCUCUGUGACGUCAUCAGAAGCCGUGGAGGACGACUGGAUGAACCCCUGAUCAGAUCAUUCACGCGCCAAAUCCUGCAGGGUUUAAGCUAUCUUCAUUCAAACGGGUUAGCUCAUUGUGACAUAAAGAGCCAGAAUAUCUUGAUGGGUGAAGAUGGAGCAAAGAUUGCCGAUCUGGGUUGUGCUAAAUUGGUGCCCGAAUUCUCCAAAAAUGGAGUUCCUGAAAUUUCAGGUACGCCGGCGUUCAUGGCGCCGGAGGUGGCACGAGGAGAAGAACAGGGGUUUCCGGCUGAUGUUUGGGCUGUAGGUUGUAUAAUAAUUGAGAUGGCGACUGGAAAUAAUCCUUGGAAGGAGCUAAACGACGCCGUUUCAGCUCUUUAUAAAAUUGGAUUCUCCGGCGAGGUGCCGGAGAACCCGAGCUGGUUGUCGGAAAGUGGUAAAGAUUUUUUGAAUAAAUGCUUGAAGGUAGAUCCUGACCAGAGAUGGACGAUUAGAGAACUUCUUGAUCAUCCAUUUGUUGAUGAAAUGGAGCCUGGUUUGAAGAAAAUUACGAGGGUGAAUUCAUCUUCUCCAAGCUCUGUUCUGGAUCAAUGUUUUUGGGACUCCAUGGAAAUGUCUGGAACUCCUUUGAAUCUAACAGAUCAACCUUGGUGUUCAUUAAAUUAUCCAUCGGAGAGGAUCGAGAAGCUGAUUCGAACUUGUUCAUCUGCAAUUUCGAGGUCACCCAGUUGGGAAUUUGACGAUGAUUGGAUCACAGUCAGGAGCAAUGACGACAUUGAAGAAGAAAAUGAGGAGAACAAUGAAUUACCAUCGUCACCUGCAAGUAGGAAUUCUACGGAUUCACAGGAAGAAGAAGAUAGAGGAAGUCUUGUCUUAGAAGAAGAAGAGGAAGAAGAAGAAGAAGAAGAAGAAGAAGAGGAAUUGUUAAUGUCGGAAUACUCUGUAGAGAUCACGAUCAGUAAUAUUCAGAAUUUAAGUGUUAGUAACGAUGAUGAUGUGUUAAGAAAUCGUGGGAUUAACGAUGAAGAUUCUUUUUUUCUUGAAUCUAAUCGGUUCUUGAAUUUAGACCAUAAAUAUAAGAACCAUUUACUUACUACACUUCAUGAUGAUGUGCUUAAAACUUCAAUUUCUUAG